AUGACGCCCAGGUUAUCGAGGACUCUUUCCAACGCUACAUCUUCGUCAGCAGGUCCUGAGAAAGAAGCCGAGGUCAGGUUCCAGCUCCUGCAGAAGGAAGUGGAAGAUAUCACGAAGGAAACGUGUGUACUACAUUGUGAAGUUCAGGUUGCGAAACUGAAGAGAAACGAGCUGAGGUGCCUUCUAAAGGAAGGGAAUCAUCGCUUCAAGUCGCUGGAUAGGAACACCGGUGUCCAGGGCGAACGGAACGACCAGUUGGAAGAUGAGGUUCGACAGCUGCGAGGAGCGAAGGAGAAAUCGGUUUGCCAGCUGAAGAACCACCAGGGAAAUUACAGAGCCUGGAAAAUGAAGGAGCAGCUGUCCAUGUUCAAGGAAUGGCGCGACCAAGGACGGCGGGCGAGGCCCGCCAGGCGUCCCGGGACGGGAGGCGCAAGGGCGGGGCCAAGGCGUCCCGGGGAACGCGGGCCUCCGCCCGCCAGGCGGGUCCGGGAACCGGGCGGGGCCUCCUGCCCGCCAGGCGUCCCGGGGGACGGGCGGGGCGGGGGGCCUCUGCCCGGGCUCCAGGCGUCCCGGGGACGGGCGGGGGCCGCCUCCCGGGGCAACCGCCAGGCGUCGCGGGCGGCCUCCGCGAUCCGCCAGGGCGGGUCCCCGGGGACGGCGGGCCUACCGCCGCCAGGCCGUCCCGGGGACGGGCGGCCUCCCGGGGGCCCCGCCAAGGCGGUCCCGGGGACGGGCGGGCCCUGCGGCCGCCGCCUAGGCGUCCAGGGGACGGGAGGCCUGCGCCUGCCAGGCGUCCCGGGGACGGGCGGUGGCUGCACCCGCCAGGCGUCCGGGGACGGGCGGGCCUGCGCCCGCCAGGCGUCCCUCCGCCCGCCAGGCGUCCCGGGGACGGGCGGGCCUACGCCCGCCGGCGUCCUGGGAGGCGGGCCUCCGCCCGCCAGGCGUCCUGGGGACGGGCGGGCCUCGCCCAGCAGGGCGGGUCCCGGGACGGGCCGGGGCCUGCACCAGCCAGGUCCUCGACGGGCCCGGGCGGCCUGCGCCCAGGCAGGGCGGUCGGGGACGGGCGGGGCCUGCGCCCCCUCCCGGGGCCACCCGCCCCAGGGCGGUCCCGGGGACGGGCGGGGCCUGCCCGCCAGGCCAAGGGCGGGUCCCGGGGACGGGCCCGGGGCUGCGCCCUUCCGGGGCCAGGCGUUCCUAGGACGGGCCUGGCCUACGCCUAGGCGUCCCCGGACGGCGGGCCUGCGCCCGCCAGGCGGGUCCCGGGACGGGGCGGGUCCUCCGCCCGCCAGGCGACGGGCGGCCCUCCGCCCGCCAGGCGUCCGGGGACGGGCGGCCUCCGCCCGCCAGGCGUCCCGGGGACGGGCGGGCCUCCGCCCGCCAGGCGACCCGGGGACGGGCGGGGCCUCCGCCGCCAGGCGGGGCCCGGGGACGGGCGGCCUCCGCCUGCCAGGCGUCCCGGGGAGGGCGGGCGGGGCCUCCUCCCGCCAAGCUUCCGGGGACGCGGCCUCCGCCCCCCAGGCGUCCCGGGAACGGGCGGGCCUCCGCCCGCCAGGUCCGGGGACGGGCGGGCCUGCCCGCCCGCCAGGCGGGUCCGGGGACGGGCGGCCUGCGCCCGCCAGGCGUCCCGGGGACGGGCGGGCAGAGGGCCCGCCAGGCACCCGGGGAGGGCAGGCCGCAGCCCACCGGAGUCACAGGGACGGGCGGGCAGAGGCCCGCCAGGCGUCCCGGGGACGGGCGGGCUGUGGCCCGCCAGGUGUCUUGGGACUGGUCAGCCGGGGCCGCCAGGUUUCUCGGGACGGUGGGCGAGGCCCGCCAUGCGUCCCGGACGGGCGGGCAGAGGCCCGCCAGGCGUCCCGGGUUGGGCGGUCACGGCCUUCCAGGAGUCCUGGGACGGGCGGGAGCGGCCCGCCAGGCGACCCGGAACGGGCGGGCGAGGCCCGCUAG